AUGGAAGGGACAUCAAGACGGGAUCAACCAGCAGAAGAGACCCCGAGGAAAGGAGAUGAGAGGAUGAUUCAGAUGACGAGAGAAGAAUUGCAGCACAUGAUUGAUGAGGCAAGCAGGAAGGCCAUUGUUGAGUAUGAACGCAGAACGGUGACCCCGGCCAGGGAAGGGGUUAAACGGCAGCUGUUUCAGGAGCUGGAGACGGAACAGCGAAGAGAGACCUUGAGGGCACCAGAAAGAGGUCCGGAGAGAACCUUAUCCAAUGAGGUGACUAGUAAACGAACCGUGGUAAGCAGGAAAACUGCUGCAAGACAGCCAGCUAUCUCGCGUGAAGAGGUGGACAGUGUUGGUAAGCAGAUUGAGCGACUAAGGAAGCAAAUCGAGGAAUUGAAAAAGAGGGGAGAGUUGGUGUCGCAGAAUCGGAGCUCGCCCUUCACUAAUCGAAUAUUGCUGGAAGUGGUGGAUAACAAUUUCCGAUUACCCGACCUGCCCAAGUAUGAUGGCAGCAAGGAUCCAAGGGAGCAUGUUGCCGCUUUUGACCUGGUGAUGAAUCUGUACGGCCAGACCGAUCCGAUCAAGGCAAAACUGUUCGUCACUACGCUGAAGGGAAAAGCUCAGGAGUGGUUCACAAGCUUAGGUAGUGGAACUAUUGAUUCAUAUGAACAGUUAAUUCAUAAGUUUUCUUUUCAUUUUGCCAGUAAGAGAAAAGCAAAGAGAUCGGCGACCCACCUGUUUACGAUCCGGCAGCGGGAGGACGAGACGCUAAAAGCUUUUAUGGGGAGGUUCAACAACGAAGUGCUGGAGGUGCAGGACCUAAGGAUCGACAUGAUGGUUAGUAUUUUGAUCCAUGGUUUACAAAAAGGUCCUUUUGCGUCAGCGCUCGCCCGCGAUCCGCCUACGGGCACGGAGCAAUUGAUGGAGAUGGCCCAAAAAUAUAUCGAUGAGGAAGAAAUGAACGCCAUGAAGGACAACUACUGGUCUAGAGGUCCGACCAGGAUGAAAGGAGAAAGAUCGCGAGAAGGAAAACAACGGGCGGAAGGAGAUCGCGAACGGAAGGGACCGUAUGUGCCUCGUUACCAUAGGUACACCCCGCUGACGACUACCAGAGAAAAGGUGAUGAUGAUGGUGGAAAACGAGGACCUCCUACAGCGACCAGAGAAGAUGCGGGAUACUCGUACAAAAAGGAACUCGAGUAGGUACUGCAGGUUCCACAGGGAUAGGGGGCAUAAUACGGAGGAUUGCUACCAACUGAAAGAUGAGAUUGAACGGUUAAUAAGACAAGGGUAUUUCAGGCAUUUGAUUGAUAGGAGGGCAGAACAGCGAGAUCGCAGUAGAUCGCGAAGCCGGGAAAGGCUCCAGAGGGAUGAAGCGGGGGCGAGCGGAACCCGAGACAACGCUCCUAACAAGGGUGUCAUCCACACUAUCUCGGGGGGACCCACAAGUGGAGAUUCAAGCAAAGCAAGAAAAAGAUACGCUCGAGAAAGCGGGUGGAAACAUGAUGGGCUAAUGAUGCACGUUGAAAAACAGGAGAGCAUCAUCUUCGGUGACGAGGACUUAAGCGCUGACAUGGUGGAACAAAACGACCCAAUCGUCAUAAAGAUGGACAUUGCGAAUUACCAGGUACAUAAGGUAUUGAUUGAUAACGGCAGUUCUGUUGACAUUAUUUUUAGUGAUGUCCUCAGGAAGAUGGAUUUGGGAGAUGUGAAACUAAAGGCCGUACGAACACCCCUAGUUGGGUUCGGGGGGAACGAGGUCAUCCCAGAAGGUGUAAUCGAGUUGCCAGUGUCGCUAGGUGAGGAGCCCAAGAGGAAGACAUGCAUGAUCUCUUUCCUGGUCGUUGAUAGCCCAUUCGCGUAUAAUGUAGUGUUGGGAUGA